UCACAAUAAUAUUCUAAACAAUUAAAUUGAAUGCCAGAUAAAUUGUUUCUAAUGCGAUCGAAGAAUUGUUGUAGCUUGUAAUACAACUAAUGGAUACGGAUAUUUCCAAAUAUAAUGUUGUCGUUUACAAUGUUUGCUUAUAACUUGCGGUCGAAUACAAAUAAAUGUUUAUUCAUAAACGACAGAUACCUGCAGAUCAAUGAACAAACUGUGACAGACUUCGGAUAACUAUCUUAUUUAAAUAUUGAAUAUCACAUCUGAGAGUAUAUGAACUGAUUAAAAAAGAAUAGGACAUUAUUUUUGCAUUUAACUUCAUUCAAGGAUCAUCUGAAUUCAAUCCCGUUAUAUAAUGUUAUAUUGUAACCUUUUCUGGAAACUAUUCAAAGAUAUAUUUCGUGAUUUCUGGUCUGUAAGUUUUUUUUUAUAUUAAAUCAGUAUGAUAAGAUUAUUCGUGAUAUUGGCAUAUACUCUAGUUUUCAACACUGUGUGCAAAUGCUACACAUACGAGGACACGAAAGAACUUUUGGAACACUUAUUUGACACUUCAAGAUAUAAUAGAUUUAUACGACCUGUUAAGAACAGUUCAACAAUUACAAAGGUGAACAUAUCUCAGACAAUCCGUGCAAUCAGCAGUUUUGAUGUGGUAACCGGAUUAAUGUGCUCAUAUUCGUUCAUAUCUAUGAGCUGGAAAGAUGAAUUAUUGACGUGGAACAGUUCUGAUUAUGGUGAUAUAACACAGGUGACAUUACCCUCUGACAUUUUGUGGAAUCCGCAGCUGGAGAAAACUUUUGCUGGGGCUUGCAAAGACACUGAUGUUGAGGAAAAACUCCCAAUAUUGAAUAUAUCACUUUCAAACGACGGCGUUGUAUUUGUUUACCAGGCAAAAUCAAUAGGUGCGAUGUGUGUUAUCGACAUGAAAAUGUUUCCAUUUGAUAAACACACAUGUGUGCAUCAUUUUUUUACAUCCAAAUAUACACUAAAUGAGCUUGAAAUUCAGUUCAUUCAACAGAAUGUAGUUGAUAAAACAUACUACAGUGAAAAUCAAGAAUGGAGUGUGGAUAAAUCUAAUGUUUUUGUCACAGAUUAUAAAGAUACAUUGUCGUCGCUGCAUAUUUCAUAUGCAACAAGUCUGAUUACUGUAAAAAGACGACCAAGUUUCAUAAUGAUUAACAAUUUUGCCCCGGCUUGGCUGGUUUCGGUUCUUAUAAUAUUUGCACCAUUUGUUCCCCCUGAUUGUGAAAGACUUUCAUUUUCCAUUACAACAUAUCUUGCUAUGAUAUUUAUGAACGUGUCUUUUGUGUCUGAAAUCCCAAGAAAUUCGAUUGAAAUCAUUCUAUUUUCACAGAGUUUGCUUGCGUUCAAUAUCAUAUCUACAAUGGGGAUUAUUUGGAGUAUCUUUAUAGUUUCUCUGUCUAAAAUAUCUACCAAAGACAGAAAAGUUCCGGGCGUUUUCAAGAAGUAUUUGAGCAAAAAUAUAAAGAAAGUGAAAUCAGAAGAUCAUGUGAAUUCCAUUGACGAAGGUGACGAAAAUGAAAAAUCUGGUGAGCCUAAGAUAUCCGAUGGUUUUGAUAGUAAUGUGGCCGGGGAAAUAGGUUGGUACGAUAUGGCGUGCUUUCUCGAUAAAAUUUAUUUUGUAAUGUCAGUCUUGACUGUUGGAGUAAUGAAUUUUGUAAUAUUUCGAGAUAUUGAUACUGGGUGAUUAUAAAUAGGAUAUAACAUGGGUAGUCGGACCCUUUUAACGCUGAGUGAAUUUCAGUUGGAAAAAAAGCAAAUAAAUUAGUGCAUGUGUUGUAUUUAACUUACCUAUCUUAUUAAAAUGUAUUGUUUGACU